AUGGAAAUGGAAGAUCUGGAAAAGCACCGAUCGUCCAGCCUUUCCCCAACCGAGUAUGCAAACAAAUCCACACCAUCACUCCAUGAAGACCAUACAUCUGCUCACGAAGCAGUCAGCUCGUGGGACGGCGAGACCAAGCGCUUCCCAGAAACAGACCUCUCUCGUGGGAUUGUCGGAUGGGACGGACAGAAUGACCCUGCGAAUCCCCAGAAUUUCUCCGCGGGCCAAAAAUGGGGUCUACUGGCACUCAUGAGCUCUAUCACCUUUCUUUCACCACUUGCGUCGAGCAUGUUCGCCCCCGCCGCUAGCUAUGUGGCUGUUGACCUCGGAGUCACGAAUGAGACGUUACUUUCCUUCAGCGUUACAAUCUUUCUAUUAGGCUACACGUUCGGCCCCCUGAUUCUCGCACCCUUGAGCGAGAUUUAUGGCCGAAGAAUAGUGCUCAGCUUCGCCAACUGGUUCUUCGUCGUCUGGCUAAUCGGAUGCGCCCUGGCUCCCAACAUUGAGUCUCUCAUAUUGUUUCGACUCUUAUCCGGAAUAGGCGGUUGCGGCUGCAUUACCCUCGGGGCAGGUCUCGUUGCUGAUCUGUUCCCUGUCGAGCAACGCGGGAUGGCAACAUCGAUCUGGAGCUUGGGUCCGCUGGUCGGCCCUGUCGCCGGGCCUAUCUGUGCUGGUUUCAUAGGUGAAGCAAUCGGCUGGCGCUGGAUCUUCUGGAUUCUACUGAUUGCAAGUGGAGUCAUCUCAUUCGGAAUCGAGUGUCUGAACCGCGAGACGUGUGCUCCCGUGCUUAUACGUUGGAAGACAGCCAAACUGGCCAAAGAGCUGGGUCGUACAGAUUUGCGCAGUGCAUACGAACCUGACGGCCAAGGCGUAUCGGUUGCGUCGACCCUGAAGUUGGGCCUUAUGCGACCUUUGCAGCUAUUCUUCAAGUCGCCCAUCGUUUUUCUGCUUUCGAUCUACAUGUCUCUCACCUACGGCCUCUUAUAUCUCUUUUUCACCACCAUACCCUCGGUUUUCCAAAUGCAAUACGGGUUCAGUACGGGACUCUCUGGACUCGCCUACCUAGGCAUUGGCAUUGGUUUCUUCAUUGGCCUCGCGCUCAUCGCUUUCACAAACGACAAGAUCUUGAUGAAAAUGACAGCAAAGAACGGAGGCAAGUCCGAGCCUGAGAUGCGCUUACCCACCAUGAUCUUCUUUUCCUGCUUCUUGCCCGUGAGCUUCUUCUGGUACGGAUGGUCGGCAGCCAAGCAGGUGCAUUGGAUCGUGCCUAUCAUCGGCAUGUGCCCGUUUGGCAUCUCCUUGAUGGGCUUGUUCAUGCCAAUCCAGACGUAUGUCAUUGAUUGCUAUCCUGCGUAUGCGGCUUCCGCGAAUGCCAUCUUGACUGCUACACGAUCAUUGGUGGGUGCGUUGGUGCCUCUUGCCGGGCCUAGUAUGUUUAACAGUCUAGGUCUGGGCUGGGGAAAUUCGUUGCUGGGAUUUAUUGCUCUGGCUUUUGUGCCGAUCCCCAUUCUCUUCACCAGAUAUGGCAAGGCUAUUCGGGAGAAGUUUCCGGUCAAUUUUGAUGGGAAAAAAGCUUAA